AUGGUUACCAAAAAAAGUCCAGGCAUACAGUGUUCGAAGUGUAGUAAGUGGCUGCAUGCGUCAUGUGCUUCCAUUACUACAGAGCAGUUAAACACCCUGCAUUCGACGGAUGCCGUGAACUGGAGAUGCCGCUCUUGUACGGGAAGCGCCAAACCCAGACGCCUGUCUUGUAUCUUACCUGAUGCCGAAGAAGAAGAAAAUACGGAUACCGAGCUGAUUGAUAACAACAUAACACUGCGUAUAUUGAAAGACAUACGAAGAGAAGUACGCGAUAUAAUACGGCAGGAGCUGCAGUCUACCCUUCAGUUUUACUCUGAUAAAAUAGAUGAAUACGAAAAAAAAAUCCACAUUUACGAGGGUAAUCUGAAGGCUGUUGAAAACCAAAGCUUAGAAAUUAAAAAUAAAUUCAAAAACAUGGAACUGAAAUACGAUGUGCUGGAACAAAAACUGCACGCCAUAGAACAAAGUCAAUUAGCUAAUUAUGUUGAAGUGUGUGGUAUUUCAGAAAAAGUUAAUGAAAAUGUAGAUGGUAUGAUUGAAAACCUGUGUAGAAAAAUACAAAGAAAUCCCGAUGAUAUUAUUAAAGCAUAUCGUAAGAAGAAUAUCCGAUCUGACCCUAAGACACUAAGUCGACCCUCUGCAAUUGUUGUUAGUCUAAAAGAAGGCUGUCGAGAAGAAUGGCUACAAGUCAUAAAACCACUCACUAUCACUGGGAAGGAUAUAGGAAUUGACGAUGCUAAUAAGAUCUACAUCCGAGAAUGUCUAUCACCAAAUACGGCAUACCUCCUGUGGGUGGCUAAAACGGAGUUAAAACAAACUGACUUAUGUAAAUUUGUGUGGUGUAAGAAUGGGCAGAUAUUGGUACGAAGAUGCGAAAAAGGAAAAACCCAUAAUGUAAGAUCUGUAAAAGACAUACAAAGAUAUGUGGCAGAGUUCAGGAGCAGCAAGGGUACAUAA